AUGACGUCUUCAUCCGGAGAAGAGGCCACGUCGUCUUUAUCCGGAGAAAAGGCCACGUCGUCUUUAUCCGGAGAAGAGGCCACGUCGUCUUUAUCCGGAGAAGAGGCACGUCCGUCUUUAUCCGGAGAAGAGGGGGGUGAGAAACGACCAAAAACGACCCACAGAAACGACCAAAAACGACCCACAGAAACGACCACAGAAAGAAACGACCAAAAACGACCACAGAAACGACCAAAACGACUCCCACAGAAACGACCAAAAACGACUCACAGAAAACGACCAAAACGACCCACAGAAACGACCAAAAAACGACCCACAGAAACGACCAAAAACGACCCACAGAAACGACCAAAAACGACCACAGAAACGACCAAAAACGACCCACAAAACGACCAAACGACUCACAGAAACGACCAAAAACGACUCACAGAAAAGACCAAAAACGACCCACAGAAACGACCAAAACGACUCACAGAAACGACCAAAAACGACCAAAACGACUCACAGAAACGACCAAAAGACCGACGAGACUCACAGAAACGACCAAAAACGACUCACAGAAACGACAAAAACCCGAGACUCACAGAAAACGACCAAAACGACUCACAGAAACGACCAAAAACGACUCACAAGAAACGACCAAAACGACUCACAGAAACGACCAAAAACGACUCACAGAAACGACCAAAACGACUCACAGAAACGACCAAAAACGACUCACAGAAACGACCAAAACGACCUGAACGCCAAAAACGACUCACAGAAACGACCAAAACGACUCACAGAAACGACCAAAACGACUCACAGAAACGACCAAACGACUCACAAAAACGACCAAAAACGACCCAGAAACGACCAAAACGACUCAAGAAACGACCAAAACGACUCACAGAAACGACCAAAAACGACUCACAGAAACGACCAAAACGACAGAAAGACCAAAAACGACCAAAAACGACCACAGAAACGACCAAAAAUGACUCAAGAAACGAGACUCAAGAACGUCACAGAAACGACCAAAACGACUGUCACAGAAACGACCAAAAACGACCAAACGACUCACAGCCGAGUUGCACGACCCACAUCAAGUCGUCAAUCCUGUGA